AUGGCCGUCAUCGGAAGUGGAAUCAGAGCAUUUGCAAAGGCGAACGCCGUUUGCUGCCAGGUCGCGUCGGGCUGUAGUUUCCUGCUUGCCUUGGCGCUCAUUAUUGGCGGAUCCAUCUUGGUGGAUAAGAACAAGGAGGAAUUGCCCUGGGACGCUCUCUGCGAUGACUUUGAACAACACCACAAUUUGCAGUCUGGAGCUUCCAGAAGUAGCAUCAGCAUUGUAUUUUGUUUCCUUGGCAGGCAGUUUGCGGCAGGUGUUGCUAUGGUUUUCUUUGGGUGUGUUGCCUUGGUAGCAGCCUCCAUAAUGCUAUGCUGUGCCUGUGGCUUCGCCGCCUUUGGGAACACGUCGAAAUCGGAGGUCGCCACUAGCCCCUACCCGCAGACGGUAUGUCCAUGUCAUAUGCAGCCGGGAGGCUAUCCAACUCAACCCGUGGCGACGAUGGUGUACCCGAUGGGGAACGCACAAACGCCCACACCCAUUAGCUUGAAUCCGUAUCUUCAACAGACUGAGACGGAGGGCGCGCACUACCCCACUGCACCCGGUCUAAGGCCGCCGCCGCCACUGAAUUCAACGCUGCCUCCGUACGAACAGGCGGUCGCACCUUAUCCACCGUCGGCUCCUGUCCAAAAGUAUUAA